CUAACAAAGAAGAAGGAAGUACAUUUUACAACUCUUUUAUGUAGCUCCACCCGAGGCUUCUCGACAGCGGGAGAAAUGAGUUGUUAUGGCGAUCAGCACGCAAUGCUGUCCUUAGAUGAUGUGCUGCCCCCUCCUGGUGACAUCCAGGUCCUGUUGCUGACAUUAGAUUCUGUGUCUCUGAGCUGGAGUUCUCCUCAGGGGCUGACAGGACCACAGACAUUCAGAGUGACCUGGGGGUGUGACGGUGAAACAAGCUCAACAAGAGUGAAAGGUGGGCAUCAUCUUGAAAUAAGCAGUCUCAAACCUGGUGAAAAGUACCAGUUCAACAUGGCUACAGAGGGAGAAGAUGGAAGACAAAGCAGAUGGGUCUCAGCAUCCCUAUCCACAGUGGUCCCACCCAGAGAUUUAAAGAUGGACCAUUUGGAAGAGACCUCCUUCACUCUCCACUGGUCCAAGGCUGAAGGGAUGGAGGAAGUCCCACAGCACUUCCUCAUAUCCAACUGCAUCCCAGGAACAGACCCCCUCACAGCCAUUACUGACGACUGCUACAACACUUUCUCAAACCUGCAACCUGGCACAGAGUACACUGUUAGUGUUGCAACUGUGCUGAGCAAUGGGGAACAGAGUGAAUCUGUCUCUACAACAGUCUGCACUAUACUUCCUGCUCCAGACCAGCUGACUGUUGACUCAGUGGACACCACAUCAGCUGCUGUUAGCUGGAACCAGCCACCAGGAUUGGACCAAACCCAACAUCAUUACCAGAUCUCUUACCGCUGUUCAGGGACAGAACCACACAUCACUACCACAUCUUCACACAGCAUCACUCUCUCUGACCUGGAACCUGCGACUGAAUACUCUGUCACUGUCUGCACUGUGCUGGAAAAUGGAAAGCAAAGUCAACUGGUGUUAACAACCCUCGCCACCGUACUUCCUGCUCCACACCAGCUGACUGUUGACUCAGUGGAGACCACAUCAGCUGCUGUUAGCUGGAGCCAGCCACCAGGAUUGGACCAAACCCAACAUCAUUACCAGAUCUCCUACCACUGUCCAGGGACAGAACCACAUAUCACUACCACAUCUUCACACAGCAUCACUCUCUCUGAUCUGAAACCUGCUACUGAAUACUCAGUCACUGUCUGCACUGUGCUGGAAGAUGGAAAGCAAAGUGAACUGGUGUCAACAACCUUCACCACAGUACUUCCUGCUCCAGACCAGCUGACCGUUGACUCAGUGGACACCACAUCAGCUAUUGUUAGCUGGAGCCAUCCACCAGGAUUGGACCAAACCCAACAUCAUUACCAGAUCUCCUACCAGUGUCCAGGGACAGAACCACACAUCACCUCCACAUCUUCACCGAGCAUCACUCUUCCUGACCUGCAAUGUGUCACUCAGUACUCUGUCACUGUCUGCACUGUGCUGGAGAAUGGAAAGCAAAGUCAACUGGUAUCAACAACCCUCACCACAAUACAUUUUCAGUGGUGGAAGAGACCCUCCAGAGUUGCUGCAGUGUGUGUUCUACUGGCUGUCAUCAUAGGCCUGUGGGAUUCCUAUGCAACUGCAGAGCGAGACCAUCUACAGAAUAGUCUAAAUACCAGGACUACAGCGAGAGACCAGCUACAGAAUAGUCUAAAUACCAGGACCACUGAGAGAGACCAGCUACAGAAUAGUCUAAAUACCAGGACCACUGAGAGAGACCAGCUACAGAAUAGUCUAAAUACCAGGACCACAGAGAGAGACCAGCUACAGAAUAGUCUAAAUACCAGGACCACAGAGAGAGACCAGCUACAGAAUAGUCUAAAUACCAGGACCACUGAAGUAGACACGUUGAUGAAGAGUCUAAACACUACAACUAUGGAGCGUGACCAGCUACAGGAGGAGAUAGAAAGACUGAACUGGGAGAACAAAGGGUCCUGUCCUGAAGGAUGGAGAAGGUUUGGCUGCAGAUGUUACUACCUCUCUACUGAGAAGAAAACCUGGAAUGAGAGCAGACAGGACUGUCUGGAGAGAGGAGCAGACCUGGUGAUCAUUAACAGUGAAGAGGAACAGACAUUCAUCAAUGGGUUUAAAUCAGUCAGUUAUGUCUGGAUUGGUUUGACUGAUUCUGUUACUGAGGGGACCUGGAAAUGGGUUGAUGGCACCCCACUGACCACCCCAAGGUAUUGGUGGAGUGGAGAGCCUGGUGGUGGUACGUACCAGAACUGUGGGGAAAUCUAUUACAUAUCAUCAGGCCAAGGAGUAUGGAGGGAUUUGGGAUGUUCGUUUUCACAAGAAUGGAUCUGUGAGAAAUAGUCUUCUCAUAGUUACUUUCUCUGCACUGCUGAUUAAUGAACUCUCUACUGUAUGUUAAUGAUGGUCUGAAGACUGGUGGGAUUUGAUAGAAUGGUACUCUGAACUACAGGUAGGAGAGAAACGAACACAUGCACACAUUCAGACACACACACACACAAAAACACUGAUCCCUCUUGGGCCAAGAGCUGACACUGAUUUUUGAAGUCGCAGGUUUGGCUACCGCGUCACGUGACCAGGAGCAACAUGACUGACUAAUGUCUGCUGCACAAGCUGACACGCAAUCAAGUAUUCAUACUGUGUGUCAAACAAUGUGUAUAAAUAGGGGUAUAACAUCUGGAAUCUACAAGGACAAGACACCUCUCUCACACCUCUACAUUUUAAAGGUCUACUCCUAAACUUGAAGAAAGAAAAACUGGUGUAAAUACGACGUUGUGCCUUUUAAGACAGAGUGAAUGUUACUGUUAACAUUUGAACUCAUAUUUUGUUAACUUCCUCUCCGUGGAGGCAGCACCAGAAUGAAGGGUUGGAUCAUAAAUAAUCAUCAGUUAUCAAAACAGUGUCUAAGGUUUUGUUACUAAACUAACUGGGACAAAUCAUUGACUACAGUAGGACAGGUUGCAAUGGUCGCCAGUGCAACAAACAAGUCACGACCCCUGGUGACCUUUAAUACAGGUAGUGAUUAGAUUCAACUGUUUUGAAAAGUAGAUAUUAUUUAGCAAGUGAAUCUAGUUGUUUAAUGGUUGUAUUAUAUUUCAGAGAGGGAGAGAGAGAAUCCCAAAUGAUACCCUAUCCCUUUGUAGUGCAUUCCUUUUGGUGAGUAGUGCACUAUAAAGGGAAUGGGGUGUCAUUUGGGAUUCUCCCACAGCCAGAGAGUUAGGCAGAAUACAGCUUACUCACGAUUCACCGUGGCCAAAUGGAGGCCUGUUGAGACUCUUCAGUUGGCCAUCCCAAGAGCUGGGUGACAAAAUCACAACAAGGAAAACAAAAAGACUAUCCAAACCAACUGCAGGAAAAUAACCUGGUUGGGAGGCUACUUUCAUAUAGCUUCUCUGAUCAGUAAUCACCUGUCAAUCAUCCACACCUGAGAGUAACAGGGUUGGGGUCAAAUCCAUUUCAAAAAGGAAACACCACGUGUAUGUUUAACCAUUUCUUAGAAAAGAUUACAAUGUUCAUACAAAUAUUUACACAUGUUAAGUUUGUUGAAAAUUACCGCAGUUGACAGUGAGAGGACGUUUCUUUUUUUGCUGAGUUUAUGAGCAGUUUGGGUGCGACCGCAGCAUGUGAUCUCCUGUGUUUACAAUCGGCAGGCAUUUAGCUAUGUGGGAAUUGCAGGGAGGAACAGAGAAUGGUGGCGAUAUCAGCUAUCUUGAUCUGCACAGAUGAGCUAAAUUACUUUUUACAACUGUUCCUCUGCCCUGUUUCUGCACAUCUGUUAACUGUCACAUAGAUAAGAGGAUGUCCUUUCUACAAUAGGAGAGAGCCAACUCUGUUCGUUGGGCUUUCCAACUCUGAACUAUUUCAGUGAUUGUUGAUUGCUCCAUGUUUGUAAAUCUUAUAAUAAAGUUGCUGUUAGAAGAAA